AGUAUGUAGUUGUCUCCCCUACCUUAUAACCAAGAUGGCCGCGUCCUUGUGUGUGCGUGCCCGCUAUGGUCUUUCUGCACAUUUCCUUCGGCUGCGAGGACAAUCGGCGUCUUCGCAUUCUCAGCAGCUUACUAGUCCUUCACCAGUUCAGAAUUCUGUAAACGUUAGCCAAACAGAAAACAUCGUUAUCCCGCUUAAGAAAAAGCGAAGUGCCACAGCGAUACUGCAAGCGCUUGCUUCUACUGUUAAGAGAGACCCGAACAGCCCUCAUUACAAGUACAUCGAUGAUCCGUUCUUAAUCCCUGCAUCAGCUUUGUCAAAACGGACCUAUGCUCUGUCAAAGGAAUCUGGUCAGAAAGCCGCUCGCUUCGUGCUUGAAAACUAUUCGAUGUAUUUCAACACGAAUCCUGCGGAACCACCCAUAAAAGAUUUCAUGCCACCAAAGGUGUCUUACAACUACAAUGAACCGAGUGAAUCGGCACUUCUAGAACGCAUCGAGAGACGUAGAGUUAACGAUGCCGUUGAUGUAUACAAACAGAUAAAACAAAAGCGUCUGGAUCUCUCAGAAGAAACAUGCUUAAAAUUUUUAGAGCUCCUGUGUGUCUAUAAUGCAGAGGACCCACCCAAAAUUAUGAUGCAGGAGGAAUUCUUCUUUCGAAGAGAAUUGGGAUUAGAAAACAAAAAACCAGUCAAGACUUGGAAAGAUAAUGGCUUAGCAGAGAGGGUCUUUGAUGACCUCAAAACAAAAACUCCCCAGUCAUAUGAACAUUUAAUACGAGGCAUGGCCAGACAUCUACAAACGGACAAAGCCUUUCAGUUGUAUGAUGAAAUGAAGGAGAAGAAAAUGACCGUUGGUGUGUUAACAUACAAUGAACUCAUAUGUGCAGCAUCUUUUCAUAAAGAUACUUAUGAUACCAAGUGGCAGCAGGUGCAGCAUAUCCUAAUGGACAUGCAACUGGCAGGAGUUCGUCCAGAUCUUGCCACAUUCAAUGGUGUUCUAUAUACUUUAAACCGCAUGAAUAUGUACAACCAGUCUCCCAUCCUUGCCAUGCAGACACUUUGUGAGAUGAGGAAGGUUGGGAUUGAACCAAGCCUUGCCUCCUGGAAUUACAUGCUUUUUCUUUUCUACCCUAAAGAAUCAUCAGAGUCUAAUAUGUUGCACAAGAUCAUGGAUGAAUUAGAAGGCCGCACAUUUGAAAUGAGAGACCCGAAAGAUGAAGAGUUUUUUUUCAAUGCCAUGAAACGAUGCUAUCUCAAUCUGCAUGACCUGGAGCUGGCCUACCGCGUUGACAACCUUGUCAAUACUGGCAACAACGCUCAGCUGCUUGGGGACAGUCGACUUCAGAGCUUCUACUAUUCCUUCUUCGUGAGGCUAGUCUGCAUGUUUGAGACAAUGGACAGAGUGAUGGAAGUGUACCAGCGCGUGACACCACACCUGUUCACUCCAAAUCACCUGGUCCUCCAUGAGCUGCUCAAAGCCAUAGAGCUGCAGGAUGGUUUUCAGCAUCUGCCACUCAUUUGGACAGACUUCAUUUUGUUUGAGUUCAUGCAGAACCAUGACCUUCUGGAAAAACUGCUGGAGCUGAUGGCCAAGCGAAAGCAGGAGCCUGAAUUGCAGUCUCAGUAUGUACACAUAGCUGGUCAGUUCAUUGAACGCUGGAAAGAUGAACAAGAGGAAGGGAGACCAGCAUCUCUGUCGACUGCUACGAUGAUCAGCCAUAUUAUUACCAUUGCUGAAAAUGGCGACAACCACGACUUGGCAUGGGAAGCCUUUGAUAUUUAUCACAACAACAAAAACAUGUUUGCUGGUUCUGUGUCUGAUGAUGCUAUUCAAAAACUCGUGAAGUGCUCAAUCAAGUUAAACAAAGGCGAUCAAGUAGUGACUGCCCUGCAGUUCAUGGAGGCAACAGAAAUGCCAGGUGUGUCAGAUCUCAGUAGCUUUGCUCUAGAAAAUGAUAAGCUAACGCUUACUCAGUCCCAAAAGGACACUUUGUCGAGGUUUUAAGACAAGAAUUUAAAAAUAUAUACAUGUUGUGACCAAAGUUUUGUAAAAACAGGCAACAGACUUUUGCUGGAUUUCAACAUCCUUGGGAAUCAGAUUCUGCUAAAACAUGCCUGGUUUAGCUGUUCAUAAAAACCAUUGUGACGAAUGCCAAAACUUGUAACCUGUGUUAAAAAAAUGCAUUUCUUAAUAGCUACAUUGUUCAUAAGAAAAAAACUUAUGGUGGCAUAAUUCGAUGGUGGUGUUUUGCAUAGCAUUGUCAUAACCCAAACCACAAAUACGGAGAAAAUAAAGUCAAAACUUUUGAAUGCUUGUGUUUUUUUAAUUCCAAUAAAAUGUUGAUUGGGA